AUGAUACAUUUAGUAGAAAAAAAAUGCAGCAGAACUAAAACACUCGAAAAUUUCGAAGAACCACUUAAAUUAUCAACAUGCAGACCUUGUGAAGAAUUACAGCUAAAUUUGGAAAAAAAGAAUAUGUACCGAAUUACAGAACCGGUUGAUUUCAAUGAAAAUCUACAAUUCGCGAAUGAAAACUUAUCACAUAAGCCAGAUAAAAAUGUUAUACUAUAUAUAUUCUCCCUUCCCUCCGAGUGCGGAAUUAUUUAC